UGUUGAUCUGCAAGCCGGCUCAUAAAAUAAUUCGUCCUGAAUAGUUAUAUAAACAGUUUGUUCAAAUUACAUAGGGAAACAUAAAUGUUUUAAAUAUUCAUAAACAGUCAUAUUUUAAGCAAUGGAAACCACAACGUUCGAAGAUGUCGUCGAACUGAAUGUUGGUGGAAAGCUUAUAACAACGUCGCUUGAUACGCUUAGAAAGGAAACCGACAGUAUGCUUGCCGACAAGUUUAGUGGACGUCACGUGAUCAGCAAGGACAAAGACGGUCGCUAUUUCAUAGACUGUGAUGGCGAAGUAUUUACAUACAUCGUAGAUUAUCUCCGUACUGGCAAAUUACCGCCACAGGAAAAGGUUUUAGAUGUGUAUGAGCUCGCCAAGUAUUUUCAAAUUAAGCCGCUAGUGGGAGAGUUGAAAAUCUUUUAUUCCGUGAUAUAUAAAAAUCAAAUUGCCAAACUUAGAGAUAGGAUAGAGAGAAAGGAAUAUGGAGAGGUGAAACAAAAAACCAUCGAUGCAAUUGAAGACGGAAAAAUUGGUCCAAAAGAAAACAAAGCAUUACAUUUCUUUUGUAAGUUGGGUAGAUGCAGUGGUUGUAUCCCUAAUAAGGAUAGUUUCGAAAUUCUCGGUGACUUUUCUAUUUCUAUCAACAUUUUUAUUGACACUAAAAGUACAGAUCUGACAGAAGACAUGAUGGCGUUACUAGCAUACGAGCUGUGUGAACUUGGAUUUGCGAAAGACGCACUUCCUAAGAAAGGGAACACUGGUCCUUGUAUGCUUUGCAUGAGGGUACAGGAAAUCAAUCAGAUCAUACUCCUUACACAAAAACAGUAAAUUUAUUACAGACUACAUGAUGUAACUGUUAUUUCAUUACACGUACAACAAAGGAAAAUUGUUAUACACGUGUUAUUAACAUGUUGUUAAAGGUGUUAUAAUUACGUAUUUUACUUUUUUCAACACUGCUCUCACUUUUGUAAUAAAAACAGCGGAAACACUUUCAUACAGUAAAAAAAACUGGAAUAUAGAUGAUUAAGACUCACUUUAGUUUCACUCCUGUGUUGUCCAUUUAUACUAUUAUAAGUUUAAAGUGUGAAAAAUUAUAUAUAUAUGAAUAAGAAUUAAAAUGACAGUGUUAGAUACUUAGCAAUGACUAUAUCCCUUAUACUGACUAUAUUAAUUAAUAUCCUGGUAAAGCGGACCUCUGACGACUAAACAGAUAAUCUAAUAACAUGCUAACAGGGCGUAAGAUUUGAUGUGCGUUUCAUUAGCGCUUGUCCUACAUUUCCUUCAUAAUUUCCUUCGGUGCUUUUAACGAUAGAUUGAGUAGGUUUUUAAAUUCUUCAUGAAAUAACAUCGCUGAAUCCCUUUUUUCGGACAUGUAUUCAUCAUAGAUGCCUUAAAAUUUUAAAUCAUCUAGCUCAUACAUCAAAGAUGGUAGUGUUCUCACAUAAAAGUAUAAUAUGGUAUUCAUCUCAUUAUAUGUAUUUCAUUUUUACUUUCAAUCAUUAAAUACAUUGAAUUACUGAUAGCACUGUAAGGCCGGGGAUUGAUUUUGCUCUUGUAUAACUUUGUAUCAUAUAUGUAUGUUCUAUACCCGUCUCUGCAAUAAUACAAUAAUUGGUAAUAAAUACGUUUCCUCAUGCAUGGUUGUUUUAUCAAAGAAUUUCCGGAUAUUGACAUUAUGUCAUUUGUUGUUACGGGGUUCCAUUGCUCUUUGUUAAGAUAAAGAAAACAGAAAAUAAUACUAUCUAUCAGGUACAUUUCAAAUGACAAAUAUACGUUUUUGUUUCUGUUUGUAUACUAACUUUUUGUCAUGAACGUAUAUAUAGUAUGUCAUACCAACUGAAAUAAAGUUCAACAGUA